GGAAGUAGAAAUAAAUCAUAUCCUGGCUGCGAGUGGGACUCGGAAACACGUCGGGCAUGAACAAAAAUCUUUUGAAUGUCUAAACUUUGAACUUUUAUAGUUGCUUGAGUGGAAAAUCUGCUGUGGGAGUGUAAAUAGAAACAAUACGCGGCCCCUUUUGGUGUCUUUAUUGAGUUAGAGGGAGAGCUGUGAACUCUGUGCCUCAGUCAUGCCGCCUGGGCCUGUACAAAUUGUCCAGCCGGAGCCCAACAAUAAGCCAGAAGAGGCUGUUGUUAAAGAUGACACUCCAGCGACGAAGCCCAUCGUCGGGAUCAUCUACCCUCCUCCCGAGGUCCGAAACAUCGUUGACAAGACGGCGAGUUUCGUAGCCAGGAAUGGACCAGAGUUUGAGGCCAGGAUCCGUCAGAACGAGAUCAACAACCCCAAGUUCAACUUCCUGAACCCCAACGACCCUUACCAUGCCUACUACCGCCACAAGGUCAACGAGUUCAAGGAGGGCAAGGCCCAGGAGCCGUCUGCGGCCGUGCCCAAGGUCAUGCAGCAGCAGGCCAUGCAGCAGUCCUCGCAGCAGCUGCCACAGAAGGUGCAGGCGCAGGUGAUCCAGGAGUCGGUGGUGCCGAAGGAGCCGCCUCCAGAGUUCGAGUUCAUCGCCGACCCGCCGUCCAUCUCGGCCUUUGACCUGGACGUGGUCAAGCUCACGGCCCAGUUCGUGGCGCGCAACGGACGCCAGUUCCUCACGCAGCUCAUGCAGAAGGAGCAGCGCAACUACCAGUUCGACUUCCUGCGCCCGCAACACAGCCUCUUCAACUACUUCACCAAGCUCGUGGAGCAGUACACCAAGGUGUUGAUCCCCCCUAAAGGUCUCCUGUUGAAGCUGAAGAAGGAAGCUGAGAACCCACGAGAGGUCAUGGAUCAGGUGCGCUACCGCGUGGAGUGGGCGAAGUUUCAGGAGCGCGAGCGCAAGAAGGAGGAGGAGGAGCGGGAGAAGGAGCGCGUGGCGUACGCUCAGAUCGACUGGCACGACUUCGUUGUCGUGGAAACCGUGGACUUCCAGCCCAACGAGCAAGGUAACUUCCCCCCUCCCACCACCCCGGAGGAGCUGGGCGCUCGGCUGCUGAUCCAGGAGCGCUACGAGAAGUACGGCGAGAGCGAGGAGGUGGAGAUGGAGGUGGAGAGCGAAGACGAGGAUGACGAGCGCGAAGACCGCGACGAAGGACACGCCACUCAGCCCGACCAGGACACCCAGCUGCAGGACAUGGACGAGGGUUCUGAUGAGGAGGAUGACGGCAUGAAGGCUCCGCUGCCCCCAGACAACCCCAUGCCCCCCCCUCUGCCCCCCACCCCCGACCACGUCAUCAUCCGCAAGGACUACGACCCCAAGGCGUCUAAGCCGCAGCCGUCGGUGGUGGCCCCAGACGAGUACCUGAUCUCCCCCAUCACGGGCGAGCGCAUCCAGGCCAGCAAGAUGCAGGAGCACAUGCGCAUCGGCCUGCUGGACCCGCGCUGGCUGGAGCAGCGCGACCGCAGCCUGCGCGAGCGCCAGGUGGAGGACGAGGUGUACGCGCCCGGCCUCGACAUCGAGAGCAGCCUGAAGCAGCUGGCCGAGAGGCGUACCGACAUCUUCGGCGUGGAGGAGACGGCCAUCGGAAAGAAGAUCGGAGAGGAGGAGAUCCAGAAGCCAGAGGAGAAGGUGACGUGGGACGGGCACUCUGGCAGCAUGGCGCGUACUCAGCAGGCGGCGCAGGCCAACAUCACGCUGCAGGAGCAGAUCGAGGCGAUCCACAAGGCCAAGGGGCUGGUGCAGGAGGACGACGCCAAGGACAAGAUCGGCCCCAGCAAGCCCAGCGACGGGCCCCCGCAGGGGGGCAUGCUGCCCACGCCCUCCAUACCACCCUCCAUGCCCAAGCCACCAAGCGCCAGCGCGCCACGCACCACACACACCAUGUCCCAGCCGGUGCGCACGACGCUGCUGUCGGCGGUGCCGGUGUUGCCCCGCCCCCCCAUGGCCCCCGUGGUGCGCUUGGCCCCCGGGCAGGUGCUCGCCCCCAUGCCCCCCAUGCUGCACACACACACACACACACACACACACGCACACGCGCCGCGCAUCAACGUGGUGCCCAUGCCACCCUCCGGACCCCACAUCAUGACCCCGCGACCCCCGCCCAUGGUGGUGCCCACAGCAUUUGUUCCGGCCCCCCCUGUUCCGCAGCCCCCCAGCUCCUCAGCUGCCCCCCUCCCCCCCGCUCACCCCCCUCCUCCUCACGAGGACGAGCCUGUCAGCAAGAAGAUGAAGACCGAGGACAACCUCAUACCAGAGGAGGAGUACCUACGCAGAAACAAGGGUCCUGUCACAGUGAAAGUUCAGGUCCCCAACAUGCAGGACAAGACCGAAUGGAAGCUGAGUGGACAGAUCCUCAGUUUCACCGUGCCCCUCACAGACCAGGUGUCCGUCAUCAAGGUUAAGAUCCACGAGGCCACAGGAAUGCCUGCUGGCAAGCAGAAGCUCCAGUACGAGGGCAUCUUCAUUAAAGACUCCAACUCUCUGGCGUACUACAACAUGAGCAACGGCUCCAUCAUCCAUCUGGCCCUGAAGGAGAGAGGAGGCAGGAAGAAGUGAGCUGCGCCCAGCCCCCGGAACCCUCCGCAGCGUUCUGGAACCCUCCGCAGCGUUCUGGAGCCCUCCACAGCGUUCUGGAGCCUUCUGCAGCGUUCUGGAGCCUUCAUCAAGGUUCAGCAGCCAUGAUUGUUUACCUUGUUCCACUACCCUAGUUUAACUUGCUUUUAGCGUUUUCUCACCCUGGAUUCCUCUUAAUCUGUAGACCUCUUGGCACAAUUUAUUCUGUCAACUGUUUUUAAGGAUGUACAUCAGCAUGUUGAAAACUCUGAUUAGUCGUAAAAAGUGUGUAUUGGACUUUGUUGGCUGAUUUGUUUUUAAAGCUUUGAUUUCUAGAACUGGAUUAGUUACUUAAUUCCAUCAACUUGUUGAGUUUUGUGUCUGGUCUGUGAUUACUUAAGGACAAAUUCCAAAUUGUUAUUCUGAAAUAAUCCACAAAUAUAGUUUCUAGAAAUAGACAUUUGUCAACCUUUUUGGAAAAGCUUAAGUUUGUCUCAUUUGUACACAAAGUGGCUUGUUUUGUAAAUGUGUGCUUGGGUUUGGCAUUUGUGGGUAACAACGUGUCAAGCUGAUAGUCCACAUCAUUGGAAGAAAAACCUCCAAAACCACAAGAAUAAUGCUAGCAACAUGGUGCAAAUACACAACUGGAGAGUUUAUUCAAAACACACACACACAUGCUGGUGUGAAAUCAAGUCAAUAUGACCGAGCCCAAAACAAGAGUGUACACAAGUUGAAGCGAUCUGAGCUAUCUGGCCCCGUUGUGUGGUUGCGGUUCCUAGCUAGGAUUAAAGUGGUGAAAGUAGUAAAGCAAAGCAGGGCUACUGUAUGGCAUUCUCUUUACUCUGUAUCUUUACCCUCAAUCUGCUAUUGGUUACUGAAGAUGAAUAACCAUUAAACAAAUCAACCAAAAA